GCUUCGCACAGUAUAUCAAGGACUGCAAACCAACCGACACGGUUAAAUUUCAUACAGACAAAAAAAGUGUUGACAAAAUGUUUAUGAAAAAGUGAGAUUUUUUCGGCAAAAAUGACGACCGAGUUUCCGGUCGAUCUUUCGGCCAAAACGCGAAAUGUUUCAGUUCAGACGGAACAGACGAAAUAUCUGUUCAAUGCCGAACAAAACACUGAUCAUAAAUCUGAUCAAUGCUUAUCACAACACGUGAUCAAUAGUGAUAAUUUUAUUCACGAUUCUAGAAAAGAUCAUUUUCAACUGAAACCUCAAAAAGAUCACUAUAACCCUAAAUGUAGGGAUGAUCAUAAUAAAGUUAAAACUGGAGAAGAUGAAAUUAAACCUGAAAGAAGUGAACCUACCCCCAAUAAACCUGAAAAUCACAAGCUAAACCUCAAAAAUAUUUUCUCCGCUAACUUUGGAAAAUUUAGCGGAAAACUAGCGGAUCCAAAUCUGAGAGAAUCUGUGGAAAUUUUGAAGGAAUAUAUUCUAGAAAUAACAUUUAAUUUGUUGUUUAACAGAAUCAGUUUGGACGCAUUUCAAAAUGAUAUUAGCCAGCUGGUCAGAGCAUUUAAUAAAUCAAAGGAGUGUUCUAUCCCUCUCUCCCUGCCCCCUGACGAAUGGAUCUCCCAACCUGAAUCUAUUCCCAACUCCUAUUCCCAAACCAUCCAAUCCUAUGGGUUGGGACCAGAAACUGUUCCAAACUUGGGAUUGGACGGAAUCGGAUUGAAUCUAACGAAUGACAGUUCUAUUUAUUUAAACGACUACAGACACGAGAAUUUGCAAAGAAGUUUUGCGCCAGAAGCUGAGGAAUUAUCCAUUCGGGGGACAACUGUAUCUAGUCUAGUCAGUAUAGGAACGAUCAACUCUGAGUCGAUAAACAGUAAGCUUAGUGCGGUCAACUUUGAUACAGAGAGUACAGGUUCAGUUGCAGAAAGUUCUGGAUCUUGCGGCGGGGGCGGGGGCGGGGGCGGUGGGGGAAGAAAAUCCCGCGACGAAAAAAUAAUCCAGGAACUCGGAAUCCCAUUUACCGCCGAGCGUAUCAUCAACUGCUCCAUGGACGACUUCAACAGCAUGUUAGUGAGCAACAACCUGACAGAAGACCAGAUAAACACGAGCAGGGAUAUUAGGAGGAGAGGAAAGAACAAGAUCGCGGCCCAGAAUUGCCGGAAGCGGAAGGUUGAUCAAAUUACGAACCUCGCGGAGGAGGUUGAAGAGGUGAGGGAAAGAAAAAACAGGAUUAUCCGGGAGCGGAUGGAACUGGAACGAAGCCUGGAGACGUGGCAGGCCAGGUUGGAUAGAUUGGAGAGGUUUAUCCUGACCAAACUGAACAGAGACGAAUCCUGCUGGAAGAUUGAGUUCAUAGGAGAUAAUAUUUCUUUAGUUCCGAAAGUUAGCUCAGAUAUUAGUCAUAUUUUCCAGGAUUAUUAGAAUCAGAAACUUCUUGUUUCAAGAAUAUUAGAAUUAGAAACUUACUGUUUCAAGAUUAUUAGAAUCAGAAACUUCCUGUUCCAAGAUUAUCAGAAUUCAGAAACUAAUUGUUUCAAGAUUAUUAGUGUCAGAAACUUCCUGUUUCAAGAUUAUUAGAAUCAGAAACUUCCUGUUCCAAGGUUAUUAAAAUUCAGAAACUUCCUGUUCCAAGAUUAUCAGAAUUCAGAAACUUCUUGUUCCAAGAAUAUUAGAAUCAGAAACUUACUGUUCCAAGAUUCUUAUUCUUGUUCAAAGAUUAUUAGAAUCAGAAACUUUCUGUUCUGAGAACAUUAAAGCAGGAACUUCCUGUUUCAAGGUUAUUAGAAUCAGAAGCUCAUUGUUUCAGGAUUAUUAGAAUCAGAAACUUUCUGUUCUGAGAACAUUAAAGCAGGAACUUCCUGUUUCAAGGUUAUUAGAAUCAGGAACUUCCUGUUUCAGGGUUAUUAGAAUCAGAAACUUCCUGUUCCAAGGUUAUUAGAAUCAGAAACUUCUUGUUCCAAGAUUAUUAGAAUCAGAAACUUCUUGUUCCAAGAUUAUUAGAAUUCACAAACUUCUUGUUCCAAGAUUAUUAGAAUCAGAAACUUCUUGUUCCAGGAUUAUUAGAAUUCAGAAAAUUCUUGUUCCAAGAUUAUUAGAAUUCAGAAACUUCUUGUUCCAAGAAUAUUAGAAUAAGAAACUUCUUGUUCCAAGAAUAUUAGAAUCGGAAACUUCUUGUUUCAAGAUUAUAAGAAUCAGAAAUUUCCUGUUCCAAGAUUAUCAGAAUUCAGAAACUUCUUAUUUCAAGAAUGCUAGAAUCAGAAACUUACUGUUCCAAGAUGAUUAGAAUCAGAAACAAUUAUUGUUCCAAGAUGAUUAAUAUCAGGAACUUCCUGUUUCAAGAUGAUUAAUAUCAGAAUUUUCUUGUAAAAGAAUGUUCAAAUCAGAAACUUCCUGUUCCAAGAUUAUUAGAAUCAGAAACUUCCUGUUCCAAUAAUUUUAUCUUCAAAAACGAUUAUUUAAAAAGUAUGUGUUUUUACAAAAACCGGUGUACGAAAUUUUAUCUAGGAAUUUGCUCCUUUCUCUGGACUUUUUCUUGCAAAAUUAACUUUUCAAAUCGGAUUAAAAGUUUUUCAAAAUAUUAGAAUUUUUACAUUGACUCCAUCAAUAAACCCCGGUCACCAAUUUUCAAAUUUGAAAUUUUGCAAAUUAAUUUGAGCACAAAUUUUGGCAAAAAAUUGUUUGGAUUCAUUUUUUAACAUUCAAAACUGACAUAUUUUUUAUCAAAAGAGAUAAUUAUUUCUCAUUUUUGAAAUGCAUACGUCCUAGCUUUUAUUAAAUUUACCUUGGCGCUUUUUCUACUUUCUGGCAAAUUUGCACUUUUUCAUUUUAUAACUUUCAUGUGAACUGAAAAUUAUUUUGUU